ACCGAACGGAGCAUAGCGAGCGAAGCCCCGCACACCUCCACCGCACGGGAACAGCAGAGGCCAGGCCGCGCAUGGACAGCAUGGAGGUGAAGGACGAGUGGCAGGACGAGGACUUCCCCAGGCCUCUGCCGGAGGAUGGAGACGGCCUCACAGACAACAGAAGCAAUGCUCCCACCAGCCUGAACGUGGGCGAGUCCAUGGCGCAGCGUAAGCGUCGCACCCUGGUGGCCCCGGAGCUGAACCUGUCCCUGGACCAGAGCGAGGGCUCGGUGCUCUCGGACGACUUGCUGGGGACUCCAGACGACCUGGACAUCAACGUGGACGACAUGGAGACGCCCGACGAGACCGACUCCCUGGAGUUCAUCAACAACGGCAACGAGCUGGAGUGGGAAGACGACACUCCCGUGGCGUCCGCCAAGCGUCUCCCCGGUGACACUGAAGAGGAGAGGGACUCGUCGGGCCGUCUGUGGCGGACGGUGAUCAUCGGCGACCAGGAGCAGAGAAUCGACAUGCAGGUCAUCAGACCGUACCUGAGGGUGGUCACGCAUGGAGGUUAUUAUGGCGAAGGACUGAACGCCAUCAUUGUGUUCGCGGCGUGUUACCUUCCUGACAGCAGCUGUGAAGACUACACCUACAUCAUGGAGAACCUCUUCCUGUACGUGGUGAGCAGCCUGGAGCUGCUGGUGGCUGAAGACUACAUGAUCAUCUACCUGAACGGAGCCACGCCUCGCCGGAAGAUGCCGGGAAUCAGCUGGCUGAAGAGAUGCUACCAGAUGAUUGACAGAAAACUGAGGAAGAACCUGAAAUGUCUGAUCAUCGCUCACCCAACAUGGUUCAUCCGGACAGUUCUGGCCAUCUCAAGACCGUUCAUCAGCGUCAAGUUCCUGGAUAAGAUCCGCUACGUUCACACGCUGGAGGAGCUGAGCCAGAUGAUCCCCAUGGAGCACGUCCAGAUUCCUGAGGGGGUGCUGCAGUACGACGAUGAGAAGGUGCGAGCUCAGAGAGAACGACUGGAGCAGGAACAGCAGAGCAACUCAGCACCGUCUAAAGAAAGGAAGUCAAAGAUCACAGACCAAGGCCCAGAGUUCUGACAUGAAGGUAAGAGG